UCAACAGACUCAGAUUUGGAUUUUACAGUCCAUCCGAAAAUGUAAUAUGUAACAAAUAAUAUUGUGUGUGUGUGUGUGUGUGUUUAAAUUUAACGUUUCGACUAGUGGCGAAGCGCCGGUCUAGGCGAUUUAGUAAGUACAGUGGCAUCCCGCAGCCGUCUUGAGACGUGAGUCGACGAAGAUCGGACUUGUGAAAAAGCAAGACCAAAUUUCAUUUCGACUUGUAAAAAAUUAAACCAUAAUGGCUGCGGGCGACGUCACUCGCCGCGCCUCCAUCACCGCGCCCUCCAUGCACCGCCGACCGUCGGCGCGAAGAGGUUCGCUUAUCAAAAACUCACAAUCUUCUACAACGUCACAGGAGGUGCCAUGGGACAUCAUUGAUCGCUGCGCUUUACCUAUCGUGUUGUGCCAUGCUCUGGCUGUGGUGCUCUCUGCACUGCUAAACGCUCUGCACGUUAGCCAGAUCUCUGUCUUCACAUUGUUCCUGUGGUUUGCUAUCUCCGUUACCGGAUCACUUUGGUUUUACCAUAACCUUCAGGUAACAGCAGCAGGCAAAGCUGUACUGGUAACGGGAUGCGAUAACGUUUUGGGAAACGCCCUGGCCAGGAGACUAGACGAUUUAGGGUACCAUGUAUUCGCAGGCUUCCAAAACAAAGCCGGAAAUAUUGACGCAGAUAUGUUGAAAGAAGAUUGCUCGGGCAGAUUACAUACUCUACAAUUAGAUAUAACAUCUGAAACACAGAUCCUCUCCGCAUCGUUGUAUAUAGUUGAUCAUCUACCAGAGGGCGCUCAGGGGUUGUGGGCUAUCGUCAACUGUGAAUCUUGGUGUGCUCUCGGCGAGCUGGAAUGGGUUCCAUUCUCUGUGAUCCGAAGAGCGAUGGAUGUGAACCUUUUAGGACCAGCACGACUAGUUCAAGUGAUGCUACCACUGGUACGACGAGCGAGAGGUCGUGUGGUCCUAGCUUCAUCUAUCCUGACCCACGUAGCCGCACCAGUGCGAGGAGUGCACGCCGCGUCCCUAGCAGCCCUCGACGCGCUCGCCGCCUGCCUCCGUCGGGAACUAAAACCGCGAGGUGUUGACGUAGUGGUCGUUGCCGCUGGCGAAUAUACUACGGGAAGCGCGUGGCUCUCAGAGGAAAAACUUCUGGAACAAGCUCGCGAUAUGUGGAAGAGGCUUAGUGACGAACAAAAGGGCGCCUACGGAGAAGACUAUUUCGAACAAGCACUCCGCAGCUUAGAGAAAUAUACUAAAAGCCCUGAGGCUGACCUGACUGCGGUGACUCGCGCGCUAAGCGACGGCGUGACCCGGACCUUCCCACUCGCCCGCUACACCCCCGUGUCCCCUCGCGAAAAGCUCAAGUCUUUGUUAGCCGAACAUAUGCCACGCUCGUUAUACGAAGGCCUCUACACAGAUUAAUAUUCUUAGCUACAAUAAAACAGUUUGUAUUAAAAUCAACUUGAAUGUUCUUACGAUAACAAAUUGUAACAAGCGACAGUGUCACUACUUCUAUAAUAAAUUUCAUCUACGAAAAAUGAUGUCGUUAUCUAAAUUAAUAUCAUAAAUUUUAAACUAAAAUUGUAUUUCGAACAAGUUUUCCCUUAUACUAAAUGAGGCCAGCUUGCCGUUGAAGCUUGCAUGAAUUAUGUAAGCUUUUAAGGUCGAGUAAGUUUGCUGAUCAUUUAUGCGAGCAUCUAACCCUUGAACACGUAUACAGUAUCUUCUUUUACGAGAACGCAAUAAGUGAUAGAAGUGAGACUUUGACGUCUCCUCGAUAAUAUCUUGUUUUUAUUAUUAUGUAUCUUCAUGUUUUAUUUAUCACACGAAUCAUAAAAAUGUGCCAUCUAGUAUAAAAUUUAUGUUAAAUAAAUAUACCUACGCAAGUAUUUAGAUUAUCUACGCUACUUUUAUUUCUAGAAGUUUGUAGGCAUAGAGAAAAGCUUUAGUACUAAUAAUUUAUAAAAUACGCAGUUACAUAUGUGUGUUAACUCUUUUGAUAUAAAUACAAGCGUAUUUUAUUGAUUUAGCUUAACAUCACAGCUGAUAAAAUAAGUUUGCGUUUAAGCCUGACUACGAACCAAUACAACGCGGGCAUUAAAGAGAGAACGAACUCAAUUUAUGUAUUUUUUUAAGUUUUUCAGGCGGAUUUAUGAAAUCAGAAAACAUUUACCAAAGUAGUAAAAAUGAUUUCCUUAAUGAACUGAUUAUGUAAAUCAUGAUUAGGCAUAAAAAUAACCAUAGUUAAGUUUUUAUGUUCAAAUCCAAUAACAAAAUAGUUGGUCAACUCAACAAAAUAGGAUCAGCCAUUUUUUAUCGGCACUAACUAAAUUUAAGCCGUCAGUCACACGUGCUCGUAAGCUAUAGUCGUUUUAAUGAUUGAUCUUCCAUUUUAACAUGGAAAUGUGAAAAUUAUUUCAGCUUUUCUGUAUUUAUAUACUAUCAUUUAAAUAAUAUCCGUCUUUUAAAUAAUAAUAGUGUACAAGUCAUAAAUAAAAUCACAAUUUGUUUUUUUAUUCGUAUUAUUUUGAAUAUAAUUUAAUUUCAAAUUUAAGAUUGUUGUUUUUGAAUAUUUAUCUUUUAUGUUAUAAGUAAUUUAGUUCAAUUUUAUACUUAACGUCUUAAUCAUUGUGUAACCAAUAAUGUAUUGUCUUGUUACGUGAUCGUUGCCGAAGCACGGCGACGAAUUUUGAAAAUCAAGGAUCCGAAUAUGGAUACGGAUACAAAUAAAAUAUUGUAUCACUUUCAUUUACGGUUAUAGCCGAUUGUUCCGUAUAUUAGAUAAUUAUCAAAGUAAGAGAAGAAAACAAUAAAUCACAACGGGAUGUCUCUAGACUUAGUCUUAUUUAGACUUCGUAUCUAUUCGAAAUAUUAUUCGGAAAUUUUAUAUCGGGUUCGAUUACGGUUAUGGAUGGAUUUUUGUUUUAGAUAUCCGAUAGAUUCUGUUUCGUUUGCGGAGCUCCAUAACACCCCUAGUGAAUAUACACAGUACUAUACUAUAUAUUGUAGCAAUUGUAGACAGUGUUUUACUUUCGUAUAUGUCAAGUUGGUGUUUAAUAGUUGACAAAGUAAUGUUGACAACUUUUAUAGUACGCAUUUAGAAAAUUUGUUUAUGAUUUUGUAAAACACUUUUAAAUAUUUGGUAAUUAAUAUAAUCAUUAUGCUGACUUAAAUUCAACAACAAAAGCAGGCACUUAUAAAUAUAAUUUAGACACGACAUUUGUUACUAAACCAUAAUGACAUGAUUUUAAUCAUAUAACAAGUGUUCAGAAAUCAUAAUAAUCAUUUAUAUAACUUCAGAUUCAACUACAUUUCGGCUGCAUUUACACGACGGAAAACAACAAAUUGAAAGAUUUUGCUUGUAUGGAUUUUUUAAUGUUUGUUUAUAUAUAAUAAAGUUAUUGGAAAAUU